AUGUCGGGUUCAAUGCACAUGUCACGGCUACGGAACUGGUUCCUCGCCUCUCCGCCUGUCGAAUAUGCCAUCACAAGCCUCAAGGAGCUGCUGAUCGGCGCACUCCAGCAAGGCCCCGUGCCCCAGCAUGUGGCCUUUGUCAUGGAUGGAAACCGGCGGUUCGCUCGAUCCCAUGGAAUUGAGACCGUGGAGGGACACAACCUAGGGUUUGAAGCUCUGGCUAGGAUCCUAGAAGUCUGCUACAAGAGUGGAGUGAAGGUAGUCACGAUCUACGCAUUCAGCAUCGAGAAUUUCAAACGGUCAAAAUUCGAGGUGGAUGCGCUCAUGGAGAUGGCCAAAGUGAAGCUGUCGCAGAUGGCUCAGCACGGAGACCUGCUCGAUCGAUACGGAGCGAAAGUGCGCGUCCUGGGUCGCCUCGAUCUGCUCAAACCCGACGUUCUGGAGGCCGUCAACAACGCCGUCGAUAUGACCAGCCGUAACGGAGACCGCGUCCUGAAUAUCUGCUUCCCUUAUACCUCCCGCGACGAGAUUACCUCUGCCAUCCGCGAUACAGUCGAUGAUUAUAGUACGCCGAUCCAACAGACUCGCUCCGCGACUACCCCUUCCCGCACCCCGUUCUCGGAAUCCCAUAUCACACAUAACAUCCGUACUCAGACGCUCAGCUCGAGGGUACACGAGGCACACAGUGAUUCUGAGUCUACGACAAGCUCUUCGGCACAGGAUGAGGAUACAUCGUCCCGGAAUGGCCGCCCCAACAAGGUAUACGAGUCUGGGUCUUCGUUCUCAUCUUCCACAACCCUUCAUCUCGGAGCUCAGCAGGACCCCAAGGGCUCGCCACCACAGAGACCUGCGGAUGACGCAAAUAGCCCUCUCUACAUUUCCCCCGAAACCAUUUCUCGUCAGACCCUAAAUGAUCACAUGUUGACCAAGGGUACACCGCCUCUGGACAUCUUGAUCCGCACCUCGGGCGUGGAACGCCUAAGCGAUUUCAUGCUCUGGCAGACCCAUGAGAACACAGAGAUUGUGUUCCUCAAUGUCAUGUGGCCCGAAUUUGACUUGUGGCACUUCCUCCCCGUGAUGCUCGGGUGGCAGAGACGGAUUUCCAAGUCUCGGCAGAACCCCGAUGCAGAGGGCAACUUCGCCGGCGACGCAAGAUCAAACGAGGAAGAUCUCGACACGAGAAUAUUGCGUCAAGGUGGAAAGGUCAAAGACAUCUAG